AUGAACAUACCAAUGUGGCACGUAAGAUUGUUAAACACACCCUUCAAUCCCAAGGUUGGUUAUGGUACAUGGCACCCAACAUUGUUUACCAUUAAGUUGUACCAUGGAGGUGAGUUCACCAAGUACCCUGAUGUCCGUUACAUUGAUGGAACUGUAAACUAUGUUGACAUGGUAGAUCUAGAUGACUUUUCAGUUCAUGAGCUCGAUGCAAUCAUGAAGGGUUUUAGAUAUAGGGUUCCUCCUGUUAUAUACUACCAUUUUCUUGUGCCUGGUGGAGACUUCCACUUUGGUCUUCGCCCUUUAGGAAAUGAUCAAGAUGUUGCAAACUUUUCUCAAUAUGUCAGUGAGCACAAAGUGAUGAAGGUAUACACAGAACACGGUGAAACAAGACUACCCACAUAUUUCUUGAAUCCUAAGCCUGUUACCAAGGUUACCCUUGUACAGUUAGAUGAACCACAUGAGGAUGUGCAACACAUUGAUGAAGCUCCUGAUGACCAAACAAAGGAAACACCUGUGAUGACUACACCUACUGAUAAUUUAGUUGAUAUGGUGCCCACUCAAGCAAACCAACCUGAAAUCCAAGAGAAGGGUUAUGAGCAAAAGGAUGGAGUGAUGGCAUCUUGCAGUAAGAAAAUAUACUUUGAUGAUAUUGGUGAGACUGAGCAGAUAGCUAAAGACUUUGUUGAGGCAGCUACUGAUUUUGAUAUUGGACUCUACCAACAAAUACUACAAAGCAAUGUUGAUGGAGUCACUGGCACUGACAUGCAUGAUGUCAAUGAACCUCAGAUGGAUGAAGAAAACCAAGCUCAGAUGGAUGAAGAAAACCAAGCUAAGAUGGAUGAAUUAAACCAAGCUCAGAUGAAUGACUUUUGGGAUUUUGACUAUCAAACUGAUGCUUUUGUCCAAGAUGGAAGUGAAAACCAACCUCAGUCUAACAUGGAUAGUAGUGGAAAAGAAAAAAAAUAA